AUGGAGCAGGUAAUACGGUGCAUUCAAGGAGGAGUCCAGCUAUCCUCAUCGUCAAUACAACGGUAUGAGAUUUGCGCGGACAGUCACUGCCACGUUAAUGAAAAUCCACCUGAACAGGAGAAUGUUGUCUUCCCACCCGAGUACUGCGCGUGGCGAGUGAUCCAAAGGAGACAACAACAGAAUAGAUACCGUGACGUCGAGGCUCUUCUUAGAGCACCACUGAUCGCAGCCAUAGCACUCACAAUUACAAUGACGCAUGGCUGUCAAAAUGUGGACGUACAACCUCAGAAGACACAACAUCAAACGAUGAUUUCGCUGCUACCAACAGUUCCCACACUCGUAGGCAAAAUGAGGUUCACUUUAAGUUCCAUCGUGAUCCCACCUACGCCUACAUUGUCCUCCACCUUCAUCUCGGAUGGCAAAGAUAUCGCAUUAUGGAACAAAAACGAGAAACCUUCACUGCGAUGUGACUCGAAAGCUGCUGCGCUAUCACUUAACUGUUCAGUUCACCCGCACUGCAGUUGCCAACCAGCGGAGAACACCGUUCGAUGUAUUUGCGCAGAGGUCAACAUCGCUGAUGUCUUCGAGAAAGUAAUUGAAAACCGACUUCCUGUUCGACGUCCAUGGAUAUCGUUCACACAAGCGAAAGAAAAUUCGGUUACGGCCAUCAUACCGACGUCCACAACAGCAGAAAUUUUGAUCCAUCUCAGAGAGGAAUUCGAAAAAACGGUUUCUGUUGUGUCAGAAUCCAUCUGCAAAGUGGAGAAUUCCAUCGCAAAAGGUUGCUAUUAUUGUCCGCAAGGCGCCGAAGUCCAUAUUUCAUGUACGACAAAUGGACCUCCUACAAUGGCUACAAUUCAGUGCGCGGAACUGUAUUUCACCGUGCCAUGUAAACAAGAAGGAGCCCAGUCAACGCUGCAGUUCAGUCAUACCACAGCAAGAGUCUAUAAACAAUGCGCAGUAACAUGCGGAUCUGUAGCAACGUCAUUUGAAAUAACAGGCAUUCUGCAGUGGACAAGAACAAUACAAGGGUCGGCGCUCAGAAUCCUCGCAGGAGAGAGUAAAAUGUAUGACGAGAUCAUAUUUCCGGACUUUUACCACAUUUUCGACGUCAUGUUGCACUGGUACAAGUCGCUUGCGCUUGCCGGAGGAUUCUUGCUAAUCGCAAUAAUUUUGGCAUACUCGUGCCUCUGGUCUUGUGGCCCAAGAGCGAUUUCCGUCCUGUUCCACAUCGGAUCUGUCGUGAUACGGAACAGAAGGAAGCCUUGCCAUUUCUUCGACAGUAGUUCUGCCGGUCAUAUGCUCAUGAAGACUCGUGCCGUCUCGAAGAUUCAGCCGAAGCUCCAAAUCAAGCCACCUGAAGAAGCCGUGCCUCCUAAGAGAAGAAAGAUGGAUUUCACCAGCGGUGAUUCGGUAGCUACAGUACAGUUCGUCCGCAAGAAGCUCAAGAAGAUGGCAGUGAAGAUCGAAGAACAAGUCGAGAGCGCAAAGACGGUGAUCAACGUGCAUGUAGAUGAACUGGAACAGGAGAUUCGCAACCUUCGCAACGAAAUCAAAAAAUGGGCUCUUCAACCGCUGCUGAACGACAUACGUGCAUUGACCUCCAGGAUGAUCCUUCUUGAGGCCGAAAUUAAAAAUGCAAUGGAGAGCCUGACUAUGAGGCAAAAUAGAAUCGAAAGAAGAGUGGACUCUAUUCCCGAAAUACUGACCUUGAUCAAAGCGUCGACGAGAUCAGAAGAGCCGAAGAAGGAAGAAAAACCUGCAGAGUCGAGCGAAGGAGCGUUGGCAGUCAGCCCAAAUGAAGAGCGUGUGAGACGUGGAAGAAAAGAAGAAAGACCGAACGAUUCGAAGAAACUGGAGGAUGAACUCCGUGUGUUCCAGAAGAAGCUUACCGUAGUUCGUCAUGAAAUAGCAUCGGCCAACUACAAGAUCGACGAUGCUUGGAAGAAGAGCGAAAGAGACCCGAAGAGUUUGGACAAGCUCCGCGAGUUGAAAGAAAGUAGACGUCGCAGUCGAGAAGAAGAAAGCGAGCUCCUGCGUAAGAUCGACAAGACAAAGGAACGCAUGCGCAAGAGCUACGAACAAAAGGAACGGCAACACGGAGCUCAUCGUGACCAGUCACCUCGACCGAGCACCUCUCGUGGCGGAGUAUAG